GAACCAAGACAUACGCUCUCCUCACCAAAGCGUUACACAAUGUAUGUUGUACCUUAUAAAAUAACGAGUCAGUAGGUUUUUACAGGCCACCGCAAACGGAGUGAAAAAAAAUUACGUGCAUAUUGAGUUUGCACCAGCAACAACAAUAAAAUAAAAACCUAAUGCCAUUUCGCUGGUAUAAUAAGAAUCGGAAAAGGGGAAAAAAGUAAAAACGGAAAAAAAAAUUUUUCUGUCGAAUUGAAGAGAGUUAAAAAAGCGAAUCGGUUGGCAUUAAUUUGUUCUAUUUAUUAACAAAGAAAGAAAACGAAAAAUUCGGCAAAAACGUGUGUGUUCACUAGGAAAAAAAAAUGAACUUUGUUUGAUUACCAAGAUGGAAACGCGAAGCAGCAGUAUUUAUUAAUUGUCGAUUUGGUUUACUUCCGAAAAAAAAGAGCGAAAAGCCAAUUGAGUAUAUAUAGUAUACAUAAAAUUAUAUGAGCAGUGAGUGACGAGAAAUGUCAUUGGUACAUUGAAAUUAUUUUUAAUUUUAUAUUUUUCGCUUUCGGUGGUUUGUGUCGUUGCAUUUUUAUCAAAACGAAAAACGCUGCGACAUUUGAACGGAAAAAAAAAUUCUGUCAGUCCGAAACAAACGUGGUGCAACAAAAGAAAGAAAGAAAAAAAAACAGCGAAUUUGUGUCGGAAUUUGGCGUUUCAAUAAAUGCUGCAAUUUGGCAACCAACUGGACAACCGAAAUCGAGAGACACCGAUACCGAAUACCGGGAAAGCCAAAUUCAGUUUUAUUUACAUUGGUUCGAGCACAGCUAUAUUGCCAUCUCAUACAGACAAUUUCAGGCAGCAUUUCAGCUCGUCGAAAAAAAAGCAAAAUAUCCGGAUGAUUGUGAUUUGAUCGAGCCACACACAAAAUAAAAUCAUCAUAAUAACUAUAAUAAUUUGUUGAAUACAACAUACAUACAUACACACGAGUGAGCAAGAGUAGUUCGGUGGCAGCAGAAGAAAAAAAAAGGAUCACAAAACGUCGUCGCCGAUCCGAAGAUACCGUGAAAUUUGUCCAUUCGAAGCGUCCGUGAUGGAUUGGAGCCUAAUAUCGGUUUUGGAGUAGUUCACCGAUUCGUUUGUGUGUGCGUACACUUUCAGGCAAAUAGAGAGAGAAAGAGAGAGAGAGAAAGAGAGAAAAGAAGAAACAAAACGACAAAUACAAGAGAAGAAGAAAAAAGAAACACAACGUGAAGAUAAACGGUGUGUGUGAGAGAAAGCAAGAGAAGCUAGCGAAAAGCGUACGAACCGAAUUGUCACAUUUUUUUUUGUGUAUACGGUCUUGUGUAUUUGUGUGUAUCCGAAAGCGUCAGAUCGAAAUUUCUCUUUUUUCGGUGCACAUUAUCGGGAUUAUUUUGUUUGUUUGUAAAUUGUUUCUCUCAUGUUACCUAUUGAAAUAUCAACUGAAAUUAUCCGUAAAUUAUCCAAAUGAAAUCGGCAACGAUAUUCCGUAAUUUAGAACAUUGGAAAGAACAAUACAUGAACGAUGAACUAUCGCAACUAUCAAAACAUGACAAAUGAACAAUGUUGAACAACAGCAAGAUAGAACAAAUUCAGUGAGACCGACGAAUUAUUAGUUGUUGUUUUUCUUUUUCGUUUUAAUUUUCUGUUUGCAUACCAGCGCGCUGUGUGUCUUUUAUUUUUACAUGCUGAAAUCCAACGAAUUGAGUGUGUAGUGCAUGUGCUAACUGUAUCAUAUUGAUAUUGUUAUUUUGUUUGGGUUCGUUUAUUCGAUAAAUAACAAAAAAAAGAGGCGACAACAACAAAACACUGAGAUCAGUCGAUUUAUCGAGCCGUUUUGAUCCCAUCUCCACAAAGUAAUAGAAAAUUGCAAAAGAAACGAAAAAAUAAAACAAGCGUGUAAACUAGUUGAAAUUCGGUGUGCAGCAACGACAGCAUUGAUUGUUAUCCGUGUUUUGAAUUGUACAGAUAAAUUGUAAUUGUUUGUCCAUAUUUUAUCUAUUUACGCGCGCGCUGCAUCUAUUAUCAUUCUAUCUGUCGUUCAAGUGGCGGCCAUCAGUUCAACAGUCAAAGAAACUCAAUGAAUUCCAAAACGCUUCAUGUUUAUCGAACUAUCCGUUAAUUGAACAGUGUGCAUAAUUAUGAAAAUUUAACAAGAAAAAAAAGCAAACAAAGUUGAAAUCAUCGAUCCCAUGAAAAUUUUGUCGUGUUAUUCUCGUUGAAUGGUUUUGAAGCAACAACCAAAAAGAAAACAUUGUUCCAUUUGCAUCUACGUGUGUUAGUGAAGCAAAAAAAAAAGAAAAAGAAGAAGACAAAAUUGCCUGUGUGUCGGUUUUUUUUCGGCUGCAAAACAUUGGAUUCGCGCGUUAAGAGACUCGAAGUGAGGUGAACGUGGUGGUGUACGCAAAACAAUAUUUCGCGCUAUUGUACACAUCCGAUAUUUUGUUUCGGUGUUGUUGUGUUGAAUUUUCGAUAUAUAUAUAUAUACAAUUUUUUUCUCGGCUUCUCGUUCGAUUUGAUGUUCGACAGUAAUAACAACGGAGCAUACAAAUUUAUCAGCCGCAAAAAUUACACAUUAACGCGGUUUGAAAGUGGCUCAAAACAGCAAUAAUAUCAACGGGCAGCAAUACCAUCGAUGUCAUAGAAAAUAUAUCGGGCGCAAAAAUAUUGAAGAAUCAAAUUUGAAAAAGCGGGACGAGUGAGUGAGAGAGAGAGAGAAAUGAACAAAAUCGCGGCAUGUAAAACGAAGAAGAAUCCAAGCAAAAGAACUCAACGAAAAUAUUGUUUUAAUAAUAACAGCAACAACACAAUAUUCAAUCCAAUACGAUCGGCAUAUAGCAACAAUAAAACGGCGACCAACUUUUAAUACAUCUCUGCACAUGAAACUUUUUAUAUAGAACUCAUUAUAGUAGCAACAGCAGGAAUAUAACAACAACAACAGCAACAACAAAAACAAAAACAACAACAUCAUCGCGGAGACGAGAAAGAAAGAGCGAACUGAGAAAGAAGAGCAACGCGGCGAAAAAAAAGAAGAAAUAUAGCGACAGAGUAUAGAAGCGAAUAUAAAAUAACACACCGAAAAAAAAAACACUAUCCAAUAUACAUAUAUUCGAAAGGAAAAAACCGAAAUAUAGAAAGAAAGAAAGAAAAAGAAGAAGUAGAGAGGAAAAAAAAGAAGAAAUAAUACAGCGAGCCAAGAGAAAUAACAAUAUUUGUGUGUAUAUACAUCGUGUAUGUACACUUCAAUAUUACAUAGUUCUUUAUAUAUUUUAUAUAUUUAUUAAAUAAUGUAUGGAAAAUCGAAAAACUCAUCGGUGCCGUCGGAUGCGCAGGCCAGAGAAAAAUUGGCCCUCUAUGUGUACGAAUAUCUACUGCAUGUUGGAGCACAAAAAGCCGCACAGACAUUUCUCUCGGAAAUCCGAUGGGAGAAAAACAUCACACUAGGCGAACCGCCUGGAUUCCUACAUUCCUGGUGGUGUGUGUUCUGGGAUCUUUAUUGUGCGGCACCAGAAAGAAGAGAACAAUGUGAUCAUUCAUCCGAAGCAAAAGCGUUUCACGACUAUCCAACGAUUAAUCGUGAUUUUCCUCAUGCGCAACAGGGUUUUGUUAGUUCAGGAUACGGCGUAAAUGGCAUCGGUCACAAUGCUGGUCCUGCACCUAGUCCUAUCGGUCAACUGCCACCAAAUGAAGGAAUGCCAGGUGGACCAAUGGCACCAAACUUUUUUCCAAAUUCUACACUGAGACCAUCACCGCCAACACACCCAACAAGUCAGCAGUCUCCGCAUCCACAGCCACCAUCUUCGCAUAAUCAAUUGAUGUCCGGUCAGGUACAGUCGUUUAUGGGCGCGCCUCGGUAUCCAUCAGGUCCUAGAGGACCUGGCGUUCGAAUGCCACAAGGAAUUGGAAACGAAUUCAAUGGACCACCUGGACAACCAAUGAUGCCAAAUAGUAUGGAUCCAACACGGCAAGGUGAAGCUGGCGAUUUUGUAGCAUGGCAAGGCGGCCCACCAGGCAUUGGCCCAAUCAAUCCACGAAUGAAUCCACCACGAGGUCCUUCUAUCGGCGGUCCAAUACCAGGAGCUUAUGGUCCAGGAGGUAUGCGGGGCCCACCACCAGGCGGACCAGGUAUGCCACCGGGUAUGGGAAUGGCAAGUGGAGGACGACCGCAAUGGCAACCAAAUACGUCAACACCAAUGAACUACUCGUCAUCGUCACCAGGAAACUAUGGUGGGCCGCCGGGAGGUGGUCCACCAGGACCAGGUACGCCGAUAAUGCCUUCACCUCAAGAUUCGUCAAAUUCUGGUGGGGAUAAUAUGUACACACUAAUGAAACCGGCUGGAGGGAAUAUGGGUGGUCAGAUGAAUGAGUUUAAACAAGAGUUUCCAAUGGGUUCGAGUGGAGAUGGAAAUCCGAUGGGGCCGAUGGGCGGUCCAAAUUCAAUGGGAAAUGUACUUAAUGGCAACGAUUUAGAUGGCAUGAAAAAUUCACCAGCCAACGGUGGACCUGGCACACCUAGAGAAGACAGCGGCAGUGGUAUAGGCGAUUAUAAUUUGAGCAGUUUCGGUGGGCCUGGAGAAAAUUUUUAUUGCUGAAUUUCGCACACACAUACUCACAAACUCACACGAAUCGAAAAACAACAAUCCCUCCUUGAGAAAAAUCGAAUUAAAAAAAAAACAAACAAACACACAAAACAAACAAAUCAUAGAAUUCAAUUAUUUAGAGAGCAUUACAGCCAAACUUGCUUAAACGAAAAAACAAAAAAUGAGAAUUAUUUUUUUUACACACGAAAUGAAAAAAAGAAGUAAAUUAUAAUGAGACAGUACAAGCCAAACAUCAUCAACAACAGCUACAACAAAAACUAAUAAAUGUUCAAGUGAAAAAUGAAUGAAAUGAAGAAACAGAAAACGGAGCGCACAAUAUUCUUUAGACAGAAAAUCAUGCUUGUUGUGAAACGAAAAAAAAAAACAAAACAAAAAAACAGGGCAAAAUAAACAAAUUCGAAAAGAAAUGAUUAUCGAGACAAUUUGGCGGAAAAUAGCUUAAAUUGAAUUUUCAAGAAGAAGAUGAAAAAAAAUCGAGAAAAAAACAUACACAAAAUUUAGAGAGCUGAUUUCGAAAAUGUCGAGAAAAAAAACUGAAUAUAUAAGAAUAUUUACGUAAGUGAACAAAAGCAAAAAAACAAAAAACAAAAAAAAAACAAAAUCGAUGUGAAAACGAAAGAAAAAGCAUCCAAUCGAAUUGAAGAUCGAAAACUUUGUAGAAACGAUGAUUUUUUUUUUAAACCCCAUUCAGAAACACACAAACUACAUGCACACACAAACACAAACGCACCACGCAUCAAACAAACAAAAUUUGAAAAAAACAAAACAAACAAACCAUUAGCACCAUGCCCAAGCUACUCGAAAAGUUCAGUUUGCUAAACAGAAACUGUCAAAUUAAUGCAAAUAAUUCGUUCGAUGUUUCACGCUCAAUUCAUUUGAAUGAACUUGUUUUCGAACUGAUGUCUUCGGUAGUCUCUCGUUCUUUUGUCAUUCUUGUGUUUUGAAGUUGCCAUUUCGUAUCAAUUUAGUUGGCACAUGAAUUUCGUAUCAAUUAGUCGUGUUUGUUCUUUAGAAGAGAAAGAAAAUUUCAAAAUAAAUGAACAAAAACACAAGCAAAAAUUUAAUAGAACUAUAAUUGAAAUUGUGUAUACAGAGAGUUGAUAUGUUGCAAUUGUGUUGGUGUCCGAAUCACAUUCAUUCUCUCUAUUUCUCUCUCACACACACAUACACACACACACAAUCUCUCUCUCUCUCUCUCUCACACACGUUAUCUCGGAUAAUGGCGAAUUAUCUCCUAUCUUUCAGGUGAUGUUUUUUCCGUCUUUGGCAUCCAUUUAACAAUGAAACAAUUCCGAUAUCAAAUUCAAUUCAAGCAACUUUAUGUAAACAAACAAAUAAACAAACGUAGUCCAUAACAUUCAUCCAAAAACGAAAUUCAUUUCUCGUUCUCUUGAAAUGAAAGAAGAAGUAUUAUAUAAUAACAGUCUCGGUUCAUUUUUCCUGGUAUGUAUUUGUUUUGUGUGUGCUUCGAAACAGUUAAUUUAAAAGUCUGUCUCUUUUUUUUUGUUGUCAAAAUUUCUUUUUCCAUCGGGCAAUCAAUAAAAGAUCAAUGAAUUCAAAGCCGGAAACGCAGAAAAAAUAAAUGUUUCAAAAUUAUCGGAAAAAUUCGAAGAAAUUUGAAAUGAAAUACUUUUUCUUUUGUUUUGUUUAGUUUUUUUUUUUCUCUUUUUAUUCCUUUUUUUUGCUCUUAUGCUGUACAUUUAUAAAACAGAAACUAAAAGUUUUUUUUUUACAUUAGAUCCGUUCUUUUUUUGUCUGUUUGUUUAAAUUAUGCUGUAUUCUUUUAUUUAAGUCCAGGUAGUAAGUUUCAUUUCUUAGUUUAUGUUUAAAAUUAAAAGAGAAGAAGAAAAAAAAAAGCAAUUUUUCUUUCACCGUUCAUCGUGUGCACACGUCCCAGAAAUUCGCACACGACGAACCACAAUUAGAUACACACACAAUUACAAUAUAUUAAUUAGAUCGGUCCCAUUUUUUUCUUUGCAUUUGACACACAAUGGAUAUAAAAAAAACGAUAACACAACAAAACAAAAAUCAUGUACUAUAAAUUUAUAAUUUGUAAUUUUUGGAAUAAAUACGAUAUAUUUUUUAUUUUGAUUCCUUUUUUACAUGUAUAUUCUUUCAAUUUUCGUGUCCGAUUGCUUUUGGCAUUAACAGCGACGUAAAUGAAAACAAACAAGCCAAAAAACAAAAACAAAA